AUGAUCUUAAGGCAUGGUACUCGAGAAGCUGCAUUUGUACAUGCGAUUUCAUCAGCUGGUAUUGCCUACCGUAUUACAAAGGAUUGCUCAAAAGGGCUGAUUGAUAAGUGCGGAUGUGAUCUGAGUGCCUUGAAACGAACGGAGCAGUACAAUUGGAAUGGAUGCUCGGAUAAUGUUCGCUAUGGUGUAGCUGUUUCACGAGCUUUUGCUGAUGCCGCCGAAAAGGGAAAAAAUCAGACAGUGGAGAGGAGAAUCAUGAACUUGCACAAUAAUAAUGCUGGAAGACAAGUUUAUUUGGAAGCAUCUCCGGAUUACUGUGAGUCGGAUCCGGAGCGUGGUAUUCUCGGCACACAUGGUCGCCACUGUAAUAUCUCUUCGCAUGGUAUCGAUGGUUGCGAUUUGGUUAGUUGCAUUUUGGAACAUGUCACAAAUUUUUUUGUAGAAGUUGUGAGUUUUUGUGGAAGUAGUGUAAUUCUCUUCAUCCUGGCUGUAUGA